GUGUGACUAAUGUGACAUCACUAAUAGAGAGGGUUUAAAUGCGGGAAAUGCCAAUGUUCGGCAACUGAUGACCUGCGUCACCAUGUUCUCACUUAUCCUUGCAUCAGUGCUCAUUGCUAGCGCCUUUGGUUGUGGCCAACCACCCAUUGAGCCUGUCACCUCCCGCGUGGUCAAUGGAGAGGACGCCAAACCCCACAGCUGGCCUUGGCAGAUCUCUCUGCAGUAUCAGAAUGGUGACUCAUGGCAUCACACAUGUGGAGGAUCUAUUAUUGACACUAACUGGGUGAUGACUGCUGCUCACUGUAUCAGUUCUUCACGGACGUACAGGGUGUUUGUUGGUAAGCAUAACCUGGCAGAGGAUGAGGCUGGGUCAAAAGCCAUCAGUCCAGAGAAGAUCAUUGUGCAUGAGAAGUGGAACUCCAUAUUUGUGGCCCUCGGAAAUGACAUUGCCCUGAUUAAGCUGUCCGAGCCUUUAACACUAAGUGAUAGUGUUCAGCUGGGUUGUAUCCCACCUGCAGGCAACGUCCUUCCAAACAACUACACCUGCUAUGUUACAGGCUGGGGAAGACUGUCCACUGGAGGACCUCUGCCUGAUAAACUGCAACAGGCUCUGAUGCCCGUUGUUGAUCAUAAGACCUGCACUCGUUUUGACUGGUGGGGUCCAUCCAUCAAAGAAACCAUGGUCUGCUCUGGUGGAGAUGGUGUUGUUGCUGCCUGCAAUGGUGACUCUGGUGGUCCUCUGAACUGCAAGAACUCUAAUGGUAUUUGGGAAGUGCAUGGUAUUGCCAGCUUUGUUUCUGGCCUGGGUUGCAAUGCUUUGAAGAAACCUACUGUUUUCACCCGUGUGUCCGCUUUCAAUGACUGGAUUGAUCAGACCAUGAUGAACAACUAAGAUGGACCACACAUGCUGAUCUUAUGGCAAAGAACGAAAAUUCCAACAAACCAUCAAAUAAAGAUCAAGAUAAAGUUA